UCUUCCCGUCGCCGGCCGGGUCGCACUUGGAGCUAGAGCUGCCCGUAAUGUUCCCCACCCCAGAGCAGCUGGUUCCCUGUGGCGUUUCACGGCCUCUGCGCCAACAGGAAUCCUUAGCUCAGCAGGGCGCAGCCGACUCAUGACGGACAGAGGAAGCGAUUAAUCCCAUGUUUCUUCCCCCUUUGACUCGUUUGCCAUCGUCUCGAAAAAGCCUUCGAGUAGACGAACAUUCUCCUUCUCGAUCGAGGACCACAUCUUAUUGUUGUUGAAUGCCGUCUGACUACGGACACUACCCAUCUCCAUUCAUUGGCGUUCCCAGCGGCCCUCCCUCCUUGGAAACGAAGAAGGGCAAUCCCGCGUUCCCCGAAGCAGAUCCUUGUUUUUCCAGGGUACCUGCCACCCACCCACAGCAGGGACCUGCGUCAGCUUCUGCCCACUUGGUUACCGGGGCGGCGAGAGAGCGAGAGCGGGUGUAUGUGUGUGUUUGAGAGAGAGCGAAAGAGCGAGAGAGAGAGAGCUGUCCUCUGAUUCUCGCCCUCGACAGCGCGCAACUGCAAUCGAAACUUGUAUUCGCAAGAACUAGGCAAACAAUCUCUCACCUUAUACCGAACGUUCGCGACUUUUGUCACCGGUGAUACGAAUCCGCAAAACCCUGAUCGUAAUUUGUCGAGCGACUGGCGAUUCAGCCGCGCAGAAAGUCAAUUGCUUCGGCUGGAAGGCAUACUUAUCCUGGGAAGGUCUGCAGCAGCACCAACGACCACGACGUCAACGUCGCGAAAACCCACACGUGUCACGCAUACACAGACACACGUCGACAUUGCAGUCAAGUUCCCGAUAGCCUACCAUGGCACAAAUAUUCCUUGACAUCCUCUACUCCUUUGGGAACUGCUUGAAUUGCUUCCCCGGCUCGCCGACGCUCAAGAUCAAUAGCCGUAACUUCAAAAUUCUCCGGCUCCUGGGCGAGGGCGGCUUCUCCUACGUCUACCUCGUCCAGGACACCCAGACCUCGGAAGAGCUCGCCCUCAAGAAGAUCCGCUGCCCCUUCGGCGCCGAGUCCGUUGCCCAGGCGAUGAAGGAGGUUGACGCCUACCGCCUCUUCGCCCGGUCUCCCGGCAUCAUCCACAGCGUCGACCACGCCAUCGCCACCGAGCGAGGCGGCGAGCCCGGCUCCAAGACCGUCUACGUUCUGCUGCCCUACUACCGCCGCGGCAACCUCCAGGACCUCAUCAACGCCAACCUCGUCAACCACACCGCCUUCCCCGAGCGCAGGCUCAUGCUCCUGUUUCUGGGCGUUUGCAAGGCUCUCAGGGAGAUGCACCAGUACACCGGCGGCAGCGGCGGCGGGCAGCCGGGCGUGGGUAUGGAGAGGAUGGAGAUAGGUAACGGCGAUGAGGAGGACCAGGGCAACGGGCCCAAGAGAAAGAAGAGCGGGAAGAAGAACAAGGGGGGCAAGCGCGUCGCGAGCAUGGCCGCCGCGGCGGGCGCCGAUGAGGAGGACGAGAACGAGCAGCAGAGGCCACUGAUGGAAGGCGAGACGCCCGGUUCCGGCGACGUAAAGUCGUACGCGCACCGGGAUAUCAAACCAGGAAACAUCAUGAUAGACGACUCGGGCUCGAACCCGAUCCUCAUGGACCUUGGCUCCAUUGCGCCGUCCCCGAUCCCCAUCACGUCCCACUCUCUCGCCAUCGCGACCCAGGACACGGCGGCCGAACACAGCACGAUGCCCUACCGCGCCCCGGAGCUCUUUGACGUGCGCACCGGCACCGUCAUCGACACAAAGGUUGACAUCUGGUCCCUGGGGUGCACCCUCUACGCCUGCCUCGUCGGCAAGUCCCCAUUCGAGGCCCGCUCCGACGAGACGGGCGGCUCCCUCAGCAUGUGCGUCCUCGGCGGCGACUGGCGCUUCCCCGACGAGGGAAUCAAGCGCACCGGCACCAGCGGCGGCAUGAAGGGCAAGGCCGCCGCCACGGCCGACGCGGCGGCCUCAGGUGCUGGUGAGGUCAAGAUCAGCGAGCCCAUCCGCAACGUUGUGAGAAAGUGUCUCAACGUCGAGCCCGCCGAGAGGCCGGAUAUUGACGAACUCAUCGACAUGGUCGAAGGCGUCAUUGAGGAGUUGCCUCAGGAUGGGUCGUUGUGAUGUUUAAAGAAAAAGAAAAGAAGAAGAGUUUCGUGUCGAAAGAAGCGGGAAACUGAUCAUUAUGAGACUUUCUGAUUCAUGUAUAGUAUAAUGACGUCCAUCUUUCCCGCUAUUCCCAGGGAAUUUGCAAGGCUCAAGUCACUACGGCGUUCGGGAUGGCGGCGCAUGUAGGGAAAGGACAUAAAGAACCAUCCCCGGGUGGGGGGUGUUUUUUUUUUUUGUGGUUUU